GUGGGAGAUGAAAUGUCCCUAGUUGUGGUCGGAAGGGUGUACCAGCAACCGGACAAGUGCUUUCUCAACAGGACAGUCAACGACCCGCUGGUGUUUCGGUAUGGCAAGAGGGAGAUUGUGAGAGGACUCGAGAUCGGCGUCUCCACCAUGAAGCAAGGGGAGCGAGCCAACUUCAUCGUCAAGGGCGCGUAUGGCUACGGAGCAAACCCCCCUUGGGAUGGCAUGAAGCCGUUUGCGACCUUGGAGUUCGACGUGACGCUGCUG